AGACCAUGUAUUUCAGUCUCACUUUUGUAGACCAUGUAUUUCAGUCUCACUUUUGUAAAACCAUAAUGUAUUUCAGUUUGUACAUUACUUUCCCAGCCCGGGCACCAGUGUUUAACACGACGGAACUUCUUGAGAUUAAUAAUGUGUUUACUAUCGACGCCGGGGAUGGUAGAACUGCAAGUGUACAGGCGGGCAUGCAAGCUGCAGCUUUGGCAAUGACUCUGGUUGUUGCAAUUAUCGGUGGCAUCAUAACAGGUUUGUGUAUAUGUCUGCUCUCGUUGCCUGCUAUUAUUACAGCUAACUUGAAUAUUCUGUGAAUCCAAAUAGCACCAGACCCGUGCACUCAAUUUUGCAAGGUCUUAAACUUGGUCCAAUGAUACAUUUAUCACGAGGGGAAAGAGUACCCGUGUAUAUACAACCUACCGCCGAGCAAGACACGCACAUACCGCCGAGCAAAUGUUUGAUAAUGUCAUCUCGUAGGAAAAUGGACAAUAAAGGUAAUAUAAUGUCA